AUGUAGACCCUGAUACCCGGACCCUGUAUGUGGACUGACUGAAAGGCUGGCCUGCCUCUGGGGCUGGGUUCAAGUGCCAGCUCUCAACUUCCUAGUGCUGUGACCUUGGAUAAUUCACAACCUCCCUGAGCCUCAGUUUCCUCCUCCUUAAGAUGGGGGUGAUGAUAGUACCAGCUGCCUAAGACAGUUAUGAAAAUAAUUCUGAGAAAGUGUGUCAAUGUCAUAGUUAUUUUUCAUUUUCUCCUUUGGGGAUGUCACAGGAGCCACUGAGUGUUUCUAGGACCUCAGAGUCCAAAUAGAAAUGCAAGCUCCAUUCAUGCAACAAAUAUUUAUGGAGCACCUACUAUGACACCGCAGGAGCAAAACAGACAAAAAACCCUUCCCCCCAGGAGUUUUUGUUCUAGCGCCCAGAGACCCAGAUGGAUAAGUAAGGGAAUAAAGAAAAUUUCAGAGAGUGGUAAAUGCUACAAGGAAUCAGUCUGCCCUGAUUGAUGUUAAAGGUGAUUUGCAAUGGAAAAAUUCUCCCAAACGGAAAAGGAGAGAACCUGGUUUGGGACCUGGAUUCCGGUCCUGACCCCAACUUGCUGUGCAGCCUUGGGCAAGUUCCUUUCUAUCUCUGAUCCUCGGUGCUUGUCUUUAAAAUGAGAGGGUAGAAUGAGCCCUCGCAGCUCAGAUGUCCUGUGUGGCUGGGUGGCCAUGGCGUCGAGGUGUGACCGGUUAUGGCAGGUGACUCUGCAAUCACAGCUUGGGGUGUCCGCCUGUCCCCUACCAAUGUCAGAUACAUCUUUCUGUUUAAAUGUGAUAUGCAACCUGUCACACAGGAAAGUGAAUAGACAUCUGUGCAGCAGCUUAAAGAAAAGUUAGAGACACAUACAUGUGCCUACCACCUGGGUCAAGAGACUGAGUGUUGCCAGAAGCCCCCUACCCCCACCCAGCUUGGUGCUCUUCCCCAACCAUUACCCCUCAAAGAGUCUCACCAUUUAGACUCUUGUGUUAAUGAUGCUCUUGUUCUUGCUGUGUUACCGCCCGGCGGAACAACUCUUUUUUUUUUUUUUUAUGUUUAUUUUUGAGACAGAGACAGAGCGGGAGUGGGGGAGGGGCAGAGGGAGACACAGAGUCCAAAACAGGCUCCAGGCUCCGAGCUGUCAGCACAGAGCCUGACGUGGGGCUCGAACUCACGAACCGAGAGAUCAUGACCUGAGCUGAAGUUGGAGGCUCAACCGACUGAGCCACCCAGGCGCCCCAGCUGAACAACUCUUUACGGUAUCAUUUUGUUUUUCUUAUUUUCGAGCUGUCUGUUAAAUAGACGUAGGCUGUAGAUAACUUGUUUGGGUCUGGCUUCUUCGGCUUGCGGGUGCAGCCCUGUGACUCCUCCAGUCGUGAGUAGCUACGGUUUGUCCUUGUCACUGCCGGGUCGUAUUCCCUCGCCGCGCUGGGGCCACAGUUUAUGUAUUCCAGUCUACUGUGAUGGACAUGUGGGUUGUUUUUAGUUUGGGGCUAUUGUUCUUGAACCUGUCUGUGCCCUAGUGUGCAUGGCAUGCCCUUCUCUAGGGCAUUACCUCUCACUGGGUCGUAAAGAAUGCUGUGUGGUCAUUCCGUCCCAUGGCACCCCCUUCUCCCGGCAUCGGCUAUUAUCAGUCUUUGGCAUUGUUGCUCAGCUGGUGGGUGUGUAAUAGUGGGUCACCGUGGCAUUAAUUUGCAUCUCCCUGAUUGCUGAUGAGGUUGGGUCAUUUUUGCCUGCUUAUUGGCCAUUUGGAUCUCUUCUUUGGGGAAGUGUUUUUGCCCAUCUUGGGCUUUUUAUUUUCUUGUUGAUUGGGGGGAUUCUUUAGGCAUUUGAGACUUGAAUCCUUGAUCAUUUAUGUAUGUUGUAAAUAUCUUGCCGUUUUUACUCUUUCUGGGGUCUUUGGGUGGACAUCUUCAUUUCAGAGUUCUUUUUUUUUUUUAAGUUUAUUUUUUUAUUUUGAGAGAGAGAGAGAGAGAGAGAGAGCAGGGGAGGAGCAGAGAGAGAAGGAGAGAGAGAAUCCCAAGCAGCCUCCACACUGUCAGCGCAGAGCCCAGCUCGGGGCUCAAACUCACGAACCGUGAAAUCAUGACCUGAGCCAAAAUCAAGAGUUGGACUUUCAACCGAUGGGGCCGCCCAGGCACCGCAUUUCAGAGUUCUUCAUUUAAGUAGUCAAAUUUAUCUCGAGCUUUAUUAUCAAUGCUUUCUGUUUUAAGAAAUCCUUUCCCACUCCAUGGCCGUGCAUAUUGUGUAUGUUUUACAUUAGAUCUUUACCUGGAAUUGAUUUGUGUGUGGCGUAAGAUAAGGAUCCCGUUCCAAGUGUGCACACGCACACACACGCACACACACCAUUACCCAGCACCAUUUGAUGAGCCCUUUUCCCCAUCUGCCCUGCCCUGCCCUGGCCCUCCCCCCACAUACCCAUACUUUUCCCGGGGUGGCGGGCAGGAGCCCAGGACACGGGCUCUGGACAGGAGGAGCCAGCAGGAGUGUGGUGAUCAGGGACAGCCCCCGAGGGCAAGGAGGGCUGCGCAGGCGGCCCUCCCCCACGGGACCAGCUGCCACUCCUGCCAAACAGGUCUGUGGGGCUGUGGCUGUCACGUGUCCCGCUGGCGCUGACUCGGGCUCUGGCGGAUUAAGCAGGGGCUGAGGGCUUAUGACCCACGCUGGCCACUGCAUAGGCCCGGGAAGGGCUGAGGAAGCUCAUCUACGUGGGCCACAGAGGAGGCCCCUGGGGCCAGUGAGGCCGUGCUGUGUGCUGCAGGAGACCCCCACCCAGGGCACUGGACCAAGCGUGGAGGGCGAGGCCCCCAGCAGCGAGACCGGCACGUCCCUGGACAGCCCGUCGGCCUACCAGGGCCCCCUAGUGCCCGGUUCCAGCCUGAGCCCGGACCACUACGAGCACACGUCGGUGGGAGCCUAUGGGCUGUACGCGGGCCCGCCGGGGCAACAGCAGCGCACACGGAGGCCCAAGCUGCAGCACUCGACCUCCAUCCUGCGCAAGCAGGCCGAGGAGGAGGCCAUCAAGCGCUCGCGGUCACUCUCUGAGAGCUAUGAGCUCUCCUCGGACCUGCAGGACAAGCAGGUGGAGAUGCUAGAACGCAAGUAUGGAGGCCGCCUUGUGACGCGCCAUGCGGCCCGCACCAUCCAGACGGCCUUCCGCCAGUACCAGAUGAACAAGAACUUCGAGCGCCUGCGCAGCUCCAUGUCGGAGAACCGCAUGUCGCGCCGGAUCGUGCUGUCCAACAUGAGGAUGCAGUUCUCCUUCGAGGGCCCUGAGAAGGUGCACAGCUCCUACUUCGAGGGGAAGCAGGUCUCGCUGACGGACGACGGCUCGCAGCUGGGGGCCCUGGUGCCGUCGGAGCGCGGCGACCUCGGCGAGCCGCCCGCCCUCAAGUCUCCCGCCCCGCCCAGCGACUUCGCGGACGCCAUCACGGAGCUGGAGGACGCCUUCUCCCGGCAGGUGAAAUCGCUGGCAGAGUCCAUCGACGACGCCCUCCACUGCCGCAGCCUGCACUCGGGGGAGGCGCCCCCUGCCGACACGGGCCGGGCCCGGGAUGCCGAGCCCACGCCGGCCCUGCACGGCGCCGACCACCACAAACUGGACGAGAUGACGGCCUCGUACAGCGAUGUCACCCUGUACAUCGAUGAGGAGGAGCUGUCGCCCCCCCUGCCCCUCUCACAGGCCGGGCACCGGCCGCCCAGCGCCGAGUCGGACCCGCGGCUGCGAGCCGGGGGCGCCUCGCAGGACUACUGGGCGCUGGCCCACAAAGACGACAAGGGGGACACGGACACGAGCUGCCGGAGCACGCCGUCGCUCGAGCGGCAAGAGCAGCGGCUGCGCGUGGAGCACCUCCCGCUGCUCACCAUCGAGCCGCCCAGCGACAGCUCCGUGGACCUCAGCGACCGCUCAGACCGCGGCUCGCUCAAGAGGCAGAGCGCCUACGAACGCGGCCUGGGCGGGCCACAGGGCAGCCCCAAGCACGGCCCCCUGGGCGGCCCCCCGAAGAGCCUUCCCCGGGAGGAGCCCGAGUUGCGGCCCCGGCCCCCCCGGCCCCUGGACAGCCACCUGGCCAUCAACGGCUCGGCCAACAGGCAGAGCAGGUCCGAGUCUGACUACUCGGACGGGGACAACGACAGCAUCAACAGCACGUCCAACUCCAACGACACCAUCAACUGCAGCUCUGAAUCGUCGUCCCGUGACAGCCUGCGGGAACAGACGCUCAGCAAGCAGACCUACCACAAGGAGACCCGCAACAGCUGGGACUCCCCGGCCUUCAGCAACGACGUCAUCCGCAAGAGGCACUAUCGCAUUGGCCUCAAUCUCUUCAACAAGAAGCCUGAGAAGGGCGUCCAGUACCUCAUCGAACGUGGCUUUGUGCCUGACACGCCAGUGGGGGUGGCCCACUUCCUGCUGCAGCGCAAGGGCCUCAGCAGGCAGAUGAUCGGCGAGUUCCUGGGCAACCGACAGAAACAGUUCAACCGAGAUGUGCUGGACUGUGUGGUAGACGAGAUGGAUUUCUCCGCCAUGGAGCUGGACGAAGCUCUCCGGAAGUUCCAGGCACACAUCCGGGUCCAAGGGGAGGCUCAGAAGGUGGAGCGGCUCAUCGAGGCGUUCAGCCAGCGGUACUGCAUCUGCAACCCUGGGGUGGUUCGGCAGUUCCGGAACCCAGACACCAUUUUCAUCCUGGCCUUUGCCAUCAUCCUGCUCAACACAGACAUGUACAGCCCCAACGUCAAACCUGAGCGGAAAAUGAAGCUGGAGGACUUCGUCAAGAACCUGCGAGGUGUAGACGAUGGUGAGGACAUUCCCCGGGAGAUGCUAAUUGGGAUCUACGAGCGCAUUCGCAAGCGGGAACUGAAAACCAACGAGGACCACGUGUCCCAGGUGCAGAAGGUGGAAAAGCUCAUCGUGGGGAAAAAGCCGAUUGGAUCCCUGCAUCACGGGCUUGGCUGUGUGCUCUCUCUGCCCCACCGGCGGCUGGUCUGCUACUGCCGGCUCUUCGAGGUUCCAGACCCAAACAAGCCCCAGAAGCUCGGGCUGCACCAGCGAGAAAUCUUCCUGUUUAACGACCUCCUGGUGGUGACCAAGAUCUUCCAGAAAAAGAAGAACUCGGUGACGUACAGCUUCCGACAGUCCUUCUCCCUGUACGGCAUGCAGGUUCUGCUCUUCGAGAACCAAUACUACCCCAAUGGCAUCCGGCUCACAUCUGCUGUCCCCGGAGCAGACAUCAAAGUGUUAAUAAACUUUAACGCUCCCAAUCCUCAAGACCGGAAGAAGUUCACCGACGACCUGCGGGAGUCCAUCGCGGAAGUGCAGGAGAUGGAGAAGCACAGGAUAGAGUCGGAGCUCGAGAAGCAGAAAGGCGUCGUGCGGCCCAGCAUGUCCCAGUGCUCCAGCCUCAAAAAGGAGUCCGGCAACGGGACGCUGAGCCGAGCCUGCCUGGAUGACAGCUACGCCAGCGGUGAGGGCCUCAAGCGCAGCGCCCUCAGCAGCUCCUUGCGGGACCUCUCCGAAGCGGGGAAGCGAGGGCGUCGCAGCAGUGCGGGAUCGCUAGAGAGCAAUGUGGAAGGGUCCAUCAUUAGCAGUCCUCACAUGCGCCGGAGAGCUACAUCAACACGAGAGUGUCCAUCUCGCCCACACCAGACUAUGCCUAACUCAUCCUCCCUCCUGGGCUCCUUAUUUGGGAGUAAGAGAGGGAAGCCCCCUCCCCAGGCCCACCCGCCCUCAGCCCCUCCCCAGCCACCCCCCCACCCACCGGGCCUGCCCCACGCGCAGCACUCUGGGGCCAGCCACCACCAGGGGCCUGCUGAGGGCCCGCCGCAGGCCCAGGUGCACGGGCACCACGCCCAGUACUGCCACGUGCAGCAGAACCCGCCCCCCUACCACCACCACCACCACUACCACCCCCCCCAGCACAUCCAGCAUGCACACCAGUACCACCACGGCCCCCACGGGGGGCACCCACCCUACGGGGCCCACGUGCACAGCCACCCACCGCUGCCCUCGGCCCACGCCGGCCACCCGGGCCACACGGGCCACGGCCACGCAGCGCACCACCACGGGCAGCCCCCCGCCCCGCCGCCCCCCACCAGCAGCAAGGCCAAACCCAGCGGCAUCAGCACAAUUGUGUAGACAGCCUGGGCGGGGUCCCAGACUGCCCCGGAACACCUGCACACCACACAGAGCCAUGCCCGGGGGCGGCCGGCCUCAGACCAGACCCAGGGCACCUCUGUUUCCACCUCUCCCCUCUGCUCCCUGCGGCCUGGAUGGAGCCCUCUGAGCCCACGGGGCUUGUGUUGCAGGGAACAAAGUUCACGAUCUCACUUAGCGUUGGUGUCCUGGGUUCCAUCCACUUGGACCCAAGGGGUGGGCCUCGGCCACCAUCAGCCUUGAAAACGGCGCCACCGGCCACGUAGAUGUUGAGCUGUCCCCCACCCCAAAGCAGCCCUCAGCUCUGCUCCCCAACUGUACACGCAUAUGAAAACCCAGCCUAGGAAAAGAAGAAACGAGACACAAAAACCAGAGACAGAACAAAACAAAACAAAAACAAAAACAAACCAAACUUGCUGCAUUUAUUGCUCUUUUAUUGACAAUGGGCAAAAAAUUAAGUAGACCUGAUAUGGUUGAUGAAAAUACGUAAGUAAACUUUAUAUAAUAUAAAUAUAUAAAUAUAUAAAUAUAUAUAUAUAUAUACUGUAUAGGUAGUAUUUGUGUGUGAAAGGAAAUGUCUCAGUCCACAAAAUUAGCAAUAUAGACUUUCCAAGGAGCUCCACUUACCCGCUAGGAAGACAGUAUCUUACAUGAAUGUGAGAGAGUAAACCAAAAAAGUAAACGCUAGGACAAAUUCAGAUACUUCCAUAUUUUCAUAAAAAAAGAGAAGUCCCUCCAGGGACUGGCUAAAAUCUUGACGCAAUCAUUACUAACUGUGCCAAGUAACAUAGCAUCUAACUGUUUAAAAAGUCCAAUAUUGCUUUGUAUAAAUCCUUAUUUUAUUAACAGAAAACUAUCAUAAGUAAUCAGUAUUAUAAACUGCUCUGUUAUUUCAGGUAAGCAAAUAGAUACAAAUGCAGGAAACUCUACAGUAGCAACUCAGGACAACUGGUUAGGAGCUGGUUGUCUGAGGAUAUUGGUUCCACAGAUUCUUAGACACUUUAAUGGCUGCGAUAACUGUGAAUUUCCAUGAUCCAUAUUUCUUUUAUAUGCAUAUGAUUUAAUGCACACUCAUUCAGAGUCCUCUCAGGGGGGCACCCAUCCACGGCAGAAGUGUUCAUCUCCAACAUGAGGGCGGCCAGCUCCCAUACUCGCCUCCCCAACACCAUAACUAACUCAUCCUGUCUCCAACUGCCACAGGCACCACCCCCACCCCCACCCCCACCCCACCCCAGCGAGUUUCCGCCGGGAAACGCUCCAAAUCCGAAGGCUGAUUCUAGCAUGUAGCAACCCAGGGCGGUGUGUGUGUUUCCCAUUUUGUUUUCUGAGCGGUAGCCGCGAUCAUCGUGAUUCCAUGUGGCCAUGUGCUAGCACAACCCCUGUGUCCUCACCGUGGCCCCUCCGACCCCCACCUCCCGGCCGACGAGUGCCGGCCCUCGCCAGCGAAGCCCCCGCUGCCUUCUCAUGGUCCAGUUAGCUGCCAGGGCAUCACAUGACUCUCAGCUGUGCUCUUGUCGCUUCCGUGUUGUGGUGACACCAUCUGCUCCCCCGGGGCCGGGCGCCGCACGCGUCCGGUUCUGUGACUGAGUCACCCACGGGCCGUACUUUGUAGUUUCAGCCUUUCGAGCCACUGCAGCCGCCAGUGCUGUGCUCCUAAGCCGUGGGACCGGAGGACUGCCCCGCGGCCCCUGCCCCGGCGGAGAGCCCUUUCAGAAAGGGCGAAGCUAGUGCUGGACUCCGCGGGCCACAGGCUCCGCACGCCGUGGACGGCGUGGUGCGCCGUGGCCAGACGGCAGGACGACCGAGGGGAGCCCACCUGGCGGGCCGGCCGGGGGGCCCCGCCCGUUUCCCUCCCCACCCGCCCCUUUGUCAUAUCAUCGAGGCCACCAUACCAGCAAAUCUGCAAACCGAGCACUUUGUUAAUCUCCACAGAGAGCAAAUACAGCAAUCUAGAGUUUAGCCUUUUUUUUUUUUUUUUUUUUUUUGGAAGAAGUGUGACUUUAACCUGCCCACCUUUAUCUUCCCAUCGUGUCGUGUUUCUCUCCCGGGCACCUGCUCAGAAGGAGGGACGUGUACAAAGCACGGGUGCGUCUGAUCUGGUCCAGGCCAGGCUGGUGGGAGGCUCCCCACUUCCACCGGCUCCUAGAUUCCUUGGUUUUCCUGCAGAAUCAGGCUCCCCGAGGCGUUCUCUGUCUUGCGGUUUAAAGGUUGUUGUUCUGACCAGGAGAAGUCGAAUUGUACUGCAUGCCAUCUGGCGUCAGUCGUGUGAGGCCACACUCUAUGUAUUGUGUAUUUGCAAACUAUAUCAGUGUUACUGUUGACAAAUAGUUGAAGUAAAGUGGUAACAUAUUAAAUAUGUCGGCCUUUCUUCACCCUCUGUACCGAUAGUAGAGUCUACCUGUAAACUCGAGGUUGUUCCAGAAAAGAUGCAGGCUCUUUGGCACAAGGUUGCCCUUUCUGAAGGGGUGACCACCGAUGAAAAAGGGUGGACAGCAAAGCCGAUGGGGUCGGGUAGGGGGGCGCUGUCUCCAUCGCCGUCCUUCGUGCACCACGGGCCACUCAGAACCCUUACUUCCAAAACUGCUGUCCGUGUGUCCUGAAGCGUGGUCUGGUGGCCACACGGCCGGAUCUAGCGAAAGGGGGCUUCUCGAACCAAUUCCCUUUCUCCCCAUGUGUCCAACUUUGUAUAGCGUGUUGGGCUCUGGUCAGCGAGGCUUCAUCAUUCUUUGUUUGAUUUACACGCUUACCGUGGGAAGCGUCUCCAGGGAGUGUUUCCAAGGAGGCUGGAGCCACGCUGCCCGGAAUCUCGUUUGGGAAGCAAAAACUGCCGACAGAUUGCUUUCCCGCGCCCCACCCCCACCCCCCGGGUGGCGCUCUCGUGGGACUGUUCUUUCUAGACCCCAGCCUGCCACAGGAUCAGCGCUGUGGGGGCCUGCCGUCCACCCCCCACCCCGGGGAUAGGCAGCAGGACGCCGAGCAGGACGUUUGUGUCCUCCUUCCCCACCAUCAGGACACACUUGGGACCUUUCUCUCAAGUCGUGCAAAUUGUUCCAGUGAAACGGUCAUUUCCCACACGAGCAGGAGUAGAGGAAGCGGCAGGUAGCAUCACAAAAAUCUUUUCUGGGACAACAAUUAAAUCAUGUGUUUGUAUUUUUUUUUUAAGUUUACGAAUGAAUUGUACAACAAUGUAAAAAUAAAGUUCAUCCUAAUAUGAUGUGCACAUAUUGCUUAAAAAUGUCUUCAGUCACCCAGCGUAGAGCGAUGUUUCCAUCACGCGCUGCAUGCAGAAGAAGCCUCUUGUUUGUCUUUAAAACGAGCUGAAAAGACAGCAGAUAUGUAAACACGACCCUAGGUGUUGACUCAGCACUCCCUGCAAAGCUGGGUCUCUACGGGUAAGCAUGCAUCUUACGGUUUCGUUGUAAAAUACUAUCACUCUUCCUGCCUGAAAACUGAGGAAUUUUGUAAAGUAUCUCCAAUAACAACAAUAAUCCAGGAAACAGAUUUCGAGACGGAUCAGUGCCAAGUGGGGGGUGGUGGAAAGGGACAGGUGGGAGGAGGGGCGUGUGCCUCUUUCUUACCCACGAAGGGGCACACGUUAGCCUAACCGCGGUCGCAUCGAGGUCCCGCACAGGACCCGUCUCCUCUUGGGAACUGUAGUCCACCUUCUAGUUGUUUUAAAUGGUUAGCAUCAGGUCUUGACUGCAGACCUUCCAAAGACUUCGAGAGACACCUCCCUCGCCAGAGGCCUGGCACCCGCUGUGUAACUUUGGGCAGGAAGGGAGUGCUUUUGUUUUAAUACACAUUCUGUUUGUGAGUAGUAACAGACUCUAUUGAUGUAAAACCAUAGCUGUGAUCAUGUGGAGAAAUCAAAUAAAUCCUUUAAAACUCUC